UGUCUUACACCCUAUCGUCCGAUUUAAGUCACCACGACGUCGUAUUACCCCUGCUAUACACCGUCGCCGGAAUCUUUAUACUCUACUAUACCUCCAUGCUUCACCACUAGUACACCCCGCUUUACCACUUGUACCUUCAUGGCGGUCCACCACCACCUACUUUUCCUCCUUUCCUUGCUCAUUCUCCCUCUCUCCACCACCAGCAACCACCACCGGACUCUCCUCCAAAACGGCAACGUUUCAUGUCCACUAAACUUUCAACUAAUCCGCCGCCUCGUCGGCUCCAACCGCCCUAACCUCGACAUUCCAAGCGCCUGCCGCUACGCUCAACAAGGUCUCCAGCUAGUAGAAUCCGACUACCUCCGCCGUACAAACUCCUUCGUCCCGCCGUUGACCACCGCAGAGCCAUGCUGGCGUGACUACCAAACCCUAGCCGAAGACUUCUACCCUAACUUCGACCUCCGUCGCAAUUGUGGCUUCAAUACAAGCUGGAUCGCCGUUCCAGGUUGCAUGAACAUAACUAACCGUCAACAAUUCGAACAAAUUGUUAACGGAUCGUUGCUUGCUCCGGUACUUACGGCGUGUAAUCAGUCACUUUCUGGCUCCUCUUGCACGUCGUGCACUGUCGCGCUUUCGAAUCUUCAAGCGUCGUAUUUGAAUGGAGAUUCCGUCGGAAACCUAACGAACUGCCGUGCGUAUCCGUUUAUUUACGCCGCGGCUUUCGUUAACUCUCUCGGUCCUACCGAUAGAGAUACGUCUGUCUGUUUGUUUUCGCUUGAUAUCGAUUUCGCUAAGUCGAAAAACAAGUACAAAACGAUUGUUAUUGUUAUCGUUAUCGUUGCAGUUAUUGUUGCAGUUGUUGUAUCCUCAUUUUUGGUUGGAUUUUGGUACUAUAGGAGGAAAAAGGUUGAGAGAUUGAAUCGAGUUAGAAGAAAUAGAGAUAGAAUACCAGAAACUAGUACUGUCUCUGCUUUGGAUUCGAUUAGCGGAAGCACAACGUUGAUUAAGUUCAGUAUCGAUGAUAUUAAAGAGGCUACUAGAAAUUUCGCCAGAGAGAAUAUAAUUGGGACAGGAGGUUAUGGAAAUGUGUACAAAGGUGUGUUAGUUGAUGAUUCUGAAGUUGCGUUGAAACGGUUUAAAAACUGUUCAGCUGCGGGUGAUGCGAGUUUUACUCAUGAAGUUGAAGUGAUCGCUAGUGUUCGCCAUGUGAAUCUUGUGGCUUUGAGAGGAUACUGCAUAGCUACCACACGGUUUGAAGGGUAUCAAAGGAUUAUUGUUACGGAUUUGGUUAAGAAUGGGAGUUUGUAUGAUCAUUUGUUUGGGAAUCAAUCGGGUCGGAGUAACCUAAGUUGGCCGAUUCGUAGGAAAAUCGCGUUGGGUAUGGCUCGAGGGUUGGCUUAUUUGCACCUGGGAGCCCAGCCCGCGAUCAUUCAUAGAGAUAUAAAAGCUAGUAACAUUCUUUUAGAUGAAAAUUUCGAGGCUAAGGUUGCUGAUUUUGGGCUGGCUAAGUUCGCACCUGAGGGUGCGACACAUUUGAGUACUCGGGUAGCUGGUACUAUGGGCUAUGUUGCCCCGGAGUACGCGUUAUACGGUCAAUUGACAGAAAGAAGUGAUGUUUAUAGUUUUGGAGUUGUGUUGUUGGAACUUUUAAGUGGGAAAAAGGCUCUGUUAUCGGUUGGGGAUGAUCAACCGGUUCUUUUAGCCGAUUGGGCGUGGUCAAUGGUCCGAAACGGUACACCUUUAGAAGUUAUUGAUUCUGGUAUGGCGGAGUGUGGUCCACCCGAGACCAUGGAGAAGUAUGUGUUGGUGGCGGUUCUUUCUUCUCACCCGCAGUUAUACGCUCGGCCUACAAUGGAUCAAGUUUUGAAAAUGUUAGAUACGGAUUUAGCGGUUCCUUCGAUACCAGAAAGACCAAUACCGCUUGUAGCGGGAAUCGAGGAUAUUGAGAGAUCCAUUAGUGAAAGCGGGUCGGGUCACUUGUCUACUCCUAGAGGGUAUCAGGCGUAUGCAAUUGAGAUGGAUGGGCGGUCAGCCUCCAACGAGGAGGUAGUGGAGGAGGAAGAGGAAGAGGAGGAUGAGAAAGCCCGUCUUUCGGGUGGAAGAUAACACCCGAAGGACCUACGUUUUUUCGUGUUUUCAAUCUUUUUUUUUUCCUUUUGGUGAGUUGAAUCUUACACUUGUAUAUUAUGAGGUACAUUAGGAUUCCUUGGGCUAUUCAGUUCUUGCAUUGAUUUCCACUUUGGUUUAAUUGUAAAAUUGAGAGGGAACAUGUCAAAUUUUUGACCAUCAAAUAUAUAGGUUUUUUUACCAACAA